AUGUCAGCGUCACGCUUGGACAAGCCAUGUUAUUUUCUUAUUGUCUCUUUUCCAGCGACCGAUGAAGGCUAUAUAUCUGGUCAAAUGAAACAAAUUGAUGAAUAUGAACGAGAUUAUCAUUCGGAUCAAGCCAUUGAAUGGUAUACAAAAGACUCAUUCGUCUAUAGACUCAUUAAUAAAGCACUUCGAACACAAGAUCUCGAUUUAUUAUACAUGCUACGUUUUCAUGUACGUGAUCUGUCAAAGUGUUUGAGAAAAAAACAUCAAGAAUUAUAUGAACUUGGUGUUGACAUUGACAUGGAUGAAUUAACCUUGUAUCGUGGUCAGUCUGGUGUAAAUAUUGUAAAAGAAUAUGAAAACAGUAUUGGAAAAAUAAUAUCAACAAAUGGUUAUCUUUCAACAACAUUAACGAAAGAAGUAGCAAAAGUUUUUGGUGCUAUAGGACAGCAAUAG